CACUUCUCUUUUGCGCUGUUUGGCAUUUGUUGCGUUGUUCAUUACAUCUCAGUUCAUUCUGUUUCGCGUACGUACAGUGUAGGUAGAAAAGUGAGUUAUGGCACGUAAAGCAAAAGCUAAUGCUGGUGGCAAAAAGGGUGCUGCUCCAGCCAAAACAUCUUUAAACAAAUCAAAGAAGGAUAAGAACGUUUUCAAAGUUGCUGAUACCAAGGGCAAAAAGAAGCCAAAGGAAGUUAAGGGGAAGCUUAAGAAGGUCAAGGAAGCCAUCAAAAAUAAGCAAGAAAAGGCUGAUGCUAGCUUAAAGGAGCUUCACAAGGAUAUGGUUGUUAAAAAGCCAAAAGCUACUAAAACCACUCCGAUUAAGAAAGCCAAGAAAGCACCAGCUAAUACCAAAAAUGUUUCACAAAAGUUGGGCAAUUUGAAGGUUGUUUAAACCUUAAGCAAAAUAAACCAAGUGUUUAUUUUUUAAAAUGCGUUUAAUGCAAUAAUUCAUAUUUAGUAGUUUAGUUUAGUUAAGUAUACGUACUUAAUAAAACCCAAAAAAAACAAAAACAAAAAAUAAAUAAAUAAAAAAAUAUAUUAAAAAUACAUAUUUACAAUUAUCACAGGUAUGGAUUUCCAUGCAAAUGUAAAACGAUUUUAUGCGUGUUUUGAAUAUUAAUUUAUAAAAAUAAUGCAAAAAUUGAAUUUUAAUAAUAAAAGUACAUUUCGAUCAUAUUUGGGAAAUAAAUUU